AUGGAACGAUCGCUUAAGAAUAAGGUGGUGGCGGUCGUGGGAGGAGCUCAAGGCAUAGGAUGUGCAAUAGCUGACCACUUUCUACUCCACGGAGCAAAAACUGCCAUUCUGCUGGACAUAAAUAGCAUACAGGGGCUCAAAGCUGUAGGAACACUAACAGAGAAACAUGGAAAAGACAAAGCUGUGUUCAUAAAGUGUGACGCGACUACGGAACUUGAUACAAUUUCGAAAACACUUGAAACUUACAAAACAAUUGAUGUGUUGGUUUUGAGUGCUGGUAUUCCCAAUUCUCCGGAUCAUAGAAAAAUGGUAGACGUUUAUAUAACAUCCGUAAUAGAAUGGUCUAUGAAGUUCUAUGAGCACAUGAGAAAGGAUAAUGGAGGGUUAACAGAAACUGCACUAACCAAGAAAUUAAGAGAUCCGGAACUGCAGAAGCAGUUACCGGGAGAUUUUGUAAAAUUUGCAAACUCUCUUCCUUGGCAGGCUGCUGAGGAUGUAGGUAAGGCUGCAGUGGAAGUGUAUGGUCAGGCUGAAAGUGGAACAAUGUGGCUGAUUGAAGGUGGCCAGCCUAUUGAAGAAGUACGCUGA